AUGGCCUCAGGCAGCGGGCGGAGAGGCCGGGAGCGGGUGGAGCCUGGGGCGGGCGACGACGAGGAGCUGCCCGUGUACCUGGCGCGCCCGGGCACCGCCGACCAAGUGCCCCGCCAGAAGUAUGGCGGGAUGUUCUGCAGCGUGGAGGGCGCCUUCGAGAGCAAGACGCUGGACUUCGGGGCGCUCAGCGUCGGGCAACGCGGAGCUCGCCGCGCCCCGUCCCGGCAGCAGGAGCCGCCGCCGCCUCAGCAACACCCCCCGGCGGCGGCGGAGGAGCCCCCGACUGGCGGCGUGGAAAUCCGGGCCGCCUCCGGCAAAGAGCGGCUGCAAAACCUGGGCCACGAGGAUUACAAGAGUGAUCGUCUUCUUAUUAAAGGAGGGAGGAUAGUCAAUGAUGAUCAGUCACUCUAUGCUGACAUUUACAUGGAAGAUGGUCUUAUAAAGCAAAUUGGGGACAACUUGAUAGUCCCUGGAGGAGUGAAGACCAUAGAAGCCAAUGGGAGGAUGGUUAUCCCUGGAGGAAUUGAUGUCCACACUCACUUGCAGAUGCCAUACAAGGGGAUGACAGCAGUGGAUGACUUCUUCCAAGGGACAAAAGCAGCCCUAGCAGGUGGAACAACUAUGAUCAUUGACCAUGUUGUACCAGAGCCAGAAUCCAGCCUGAUAGAAGCCUAUGAGAAGUGGCGAGAGUGGGGUGAUGGGAAGGCUUGCUGUGACUACUCCCUGCAUGUGGACAUCACCCAGUGGAAUGACAGUGUCAAACAGGAAGUGCAGACACUCAUCAAAGAAAAAGGAGUGAACUCUUUCAUGGUCUAUAUGGCCUAUAAGGAUUUGUACCAGAUGUCAAAUACAGAGCUAUAUGAGAUAUUUAGUUUCUUGGGAGAUCUUGGUGCAGUAGCUCAAGUUCAUGCUGAAAAUGGAGAUAUCAUUGCACAGGAGCAAGCUAGAAUGCUGGAGAUGGGAAUAACUGGCCCAGAGGGCCAUGUGCUGAGUAGGCCAGAAGAGCUGGAGGCUGAAGCUGUCUUCCGUGCUAUCACCAUUGCCAGCCAGACCAACUGCCCCUUGUAUGUGACCAAAGUGAUGAGCAAGAGUGCUGCUGAUCUGAUUUCACAAGCCAGGAAAAAGGGUAAUGUAGUGUUUGGUGAGCCAAUCGCAGCCAGUCUUGGAACGGAUGGGACACACUAUUGGAGCAAGAACUGGGCAAAGGCCGCUGCGUUUGUAACUUCCCCACCUCUGAGUCCAGAUCCAACAACUCCUGAUUACAUCAACUCUCUACUAGCCAGUGGGGACCUCCAAGUUUCAGGAAGUGCACAUUGUACAUUCAGUACAGCACAGAAAGCAAUUGGAAAAGACAACUUCACAGCAAUCCCAGAGGGGGUUAAUGGUAUUGAAGAACGGAUGUCUGUUAUCUGGGACAAGUCAGUGGCUACAGGGAAAAUGGAUGAAAACCAGUUUGUGGCUGUGACAAGCACCAAUGCAGCCAAGAUCUUCAACAUGUACCCAAGGAAGGGGAGAAUUGCUGUGGGGUCAGACAGUGACCUGGUCAUAUGGGAUCCUGAUGCAGUGAAAAUAGUAUCUGCUAAAAGCCACCAGUCAGCAGCUGAAUACAACAUCUUUGAAGGAAUGGAACUGCGUGGAGCCCCACUGGUUGUCAUAUGCCAAGGAAAGAUAAUGAUGGAGGAUGGCAAUCUUCAUGUGACCCAGGGGACAGGGCGUUUCAUUCCUGGCACCCCUUUCUCAGACUACGUCUACAAGCGUAUCAAAGCAAGGAGGAAGAUGGCUGAAAUGCAUGCUGUGCCGAGGGGCAUGUAUGAUGGCCCUGUGUUUGACUUGACCACCACGCCUAAAGGGGGCACCCCUGCAGGCUCUACUCGGGGAUCCCCUACAAGGCAGACUCCCCCAGUAAGGAAUCUCCACCAGUCUGGUUUUAGCUUAUCUGGUACCCAGGUUGAUGAAGGUGUUCGCUCAGCAAGCAAGCGCAUAGUGGCACCCCCAGGAGGCCGUUCCAAUAUCACAUCUCUGAGUUAAGCACCCAGUAAACGGGGAGGGGAAGGGGGAAACUGUUAUUUGGGAAAACUAAGCAAUGGUACCUUGAUAUUUAAGAAGGAAAGAGCAAAGGAGAAGAAUCCAGAUUUUGAAGAAUCAGUAAGCCUCAAGCCUUAUGUUUCAUAAAUGCUACUCGCUACCUAGCUUUAAAAAAAUAUUGCGGGUUUUCUUUUUUGUUUAUUCAUAGCCUUAAUAUUUUUUCCCAUUUUUUACAUGCAUGCAAAUCUGGCAGGUGACUAAGUUAAGCGUAUGUAAUUGUACAUGGUGAGUGCUUGUGUGACGACACAUUGUAAGAAGGGGAAUGAAGAAAGGUGGGAAACUAAUGACAUGAGCAAGCUAUUUAGUCAGGUUACUUGGGCAGAAUCAACCAAGGAGAUUAGUAUUGGGCAUGGGUGGGGGCAGAAGUUGGUGGGGCAGGGUAGUGGGAGGUGGAUGGGGGGACCAAGUAGAUCUGUGUAUUGUGUCCAUGUUAUUCCGUUUCCACGCAAUGCUGAUAAGACAUAGCUGCCUCAGAGCACUACAUGAGGCCCUUGGCAAGCUCAGCCAUCUUUGCAAUGGCUCUGUUGUAUUGCCUCUUCCUGUUAGAGAUUUUAUUACUUCGUACAUUUUAUUGAAUAAAAAAUUGAAAGGCAUGUUCUUUCUAAUUGA